UAAUUUGAGGUUAUAGGUCUUUUCAAAAUUGAAAGACGAAAUGGUUCGUUUUGACUUCAUAUUAGCCUUAUUUAUAAAAAGACGUUAUAAUGUCAGCAUUGAAUUUAAUACAACAAUAUUCAUCAGAUAGCGAUGAAGACGAUCAGAAAUGUAAUGAGGGAAAAGAUUUACGAACGAAUAUGAAAAAUAAUAAAGUCUUAAAGCUACCGCUACCAGAGUCUAUCAUAUCUUGGAAAGGGGUAGUACAUAAUGAAGAAGUUAUUGAUGAUCCUUCUAAACAUGAAGGUAGAAUUAGAUCAUUCAAACAUGAACGAGGAAACUGGGCCACACUUGUUUACAUAGAUUAUAUGCCCAAUGAAGACCUGAUACACUGGUUAGAAAACGUAAUACUGCAAACUAUUGGAAAAGGUAAUUUUUUUGAAGAACUUCAUGUGAGUCUUACUCGUACUUUGAUAUUAAAGUAUCAUUGGAUUGAUUCUUUUGUUGAGGCUGUUAAAAAUGUUGCCACAACUCAUCAAAGUUUUAUUAUGGAAUUGAGUGACAUAAAAGUAUACUGCAAUGAGGAUAAAAGCAGGACUUUUAUGGGAGUCACUGUUGAUAGUGCAAACAAUUCUUUAAAAGUCUUGAGCCAGAUACUAGACAAACAACUAAUAGCAUAUCGGUUACCAACUUUCUAUGAGGAUGCAUCACAUCAUUUAAGUUUUUGCUGGUUUUUGGGGAACCAAAUUGAAACUUUAGAAACUUUUCUUCCUAUCAUCAAAAAGAGCUUCUAUGAGUUUUUAAUCAACUGUCCAGAACAACGAUUUUCACACAUUAGUAAAGUAAACUGUAAAAUUGGUAAUAAAUUGUAUAGCUGGAAUUUAAAAUAAAUGACAUUAUUAUUGUUCUAAUUAAAAUAAUGCUUGUUUAAAAAAAUAUUCAUAAAAAUAAAUGUUCCAGAAAAUCUGAGAAUUUCCAUUUGUUCUGAAUAGUUAAUUAAUCAAAAACAGAAUUUACAAGAAUAAUUUAAAAUAGCAUCAUCGAAAUUAAAGGUUAAUAAAUAUAUUUUCGUUCGUAUCUGACAUUAUCUGUUGAUUGUCCCACUUGUACAUAUACAUACGCUUAAAAUAAUACAGGAU